UGCCUUACGGUCGGCGCUUACGCCAUUAUUAGCGGCGGCACAAUACUAAUGCGGUGUUACGCGACGUAAGCGCCGACCGCCAUAAGGUACAUUUCCUCGUCUAACGUCACAUUUUAUCGCUUACAGCGUCCAAUUGUGGAGAUGGAUCAGAUGAAGUGCCCGGAAUCCUCGCAACAAACAGACGAAGCAGGAGCGGCAGAGCGUCAGAGAAGGGUGACUAUCACCAUAAUUCGUCUCAUGUGCCUUUUCCUGAUAUGCUGGACUCCAUUUUUCAUCAUGUUACCAGUAGAUUCUCUCUGCGACUGCGUACAAGACUCCACCUGGCAAUGGUGCACAUGGCUUGGAUAUACCAACUCUGCCCUCAAUCCUGUAGUAUACGCCGCAGCCGCCACCAGGGUGCGCCGGGCGUUCCAAGCACUGCUUAAAAGUGUCAAGUAUAAGGCGCAAAGCUACGUGUUCUUCAGCGUGACCUUCUCAUUUUACGUGCCAACGUGCAUCAUGCUAGUUCAAUAUGGUCUGAUCGUUCGCGCCUUGGCGUUACGCUCGCCAAUCCGCGCACACAGGGGCCAGAAUGGAACUAUCGGGUCUAUCGGCGAUGACCUUCAGUAUCCCGUUGUCGCUGCGUCGGAUGCGAUUUAG